UGGAAAGGCUGAUAGACAAAGUUUGUCUUGAGGGUUAAUGUUUGGAUCUCCUCCUUCCAGGCAAAAGGAGGCUUUGAGCCAAGGUGGUGGCGUCAGGAGAAAACGGGGCAGGUGGUCCUCCUCUGAAAGAGAGUCCCUUCCCCACGCUAAGAGCAGUUCUCCUGGCUGACUCUUCGUUCAGUCCUUUCCUUCUGGACAGCAUUCCAGGGCCUCUCCGUGUCCUUUAAGGACCUUUGCCCUUUGGACCUGCUUACUGCUGGAGUGUGUUGAAACCAAAUAUUGAGGCUGCUGCUGGAAGGGCCCCGUCUUUAGGCUGCAAGGAGAGCCUUCUGCACAGGGGUAGCCGGAGGAGAACGCUAUAAAUGCUUCUCGUCAGAGGCCAGGCGGACUUUAUUUGCAAAUGCCCACGCUUUAAACUGAAGUGUGAUUCUCACUUCCUCCACAUCAGUGGCUCCUCUGUGGCACACCUGCUACUUUGAGCAGCUUGCAGAAGAACAUCUUUGAGCUCAGUGUGGCCUGCUGGGAUCCAGGUGCUGUUCUGAAGGAAGGCAGGCGAGAGGGCCAGUCCUGACGCAGGAGGUUGCUUGUUCCAGGAAGACCUUGAUCCGCUCUGUUUGAUCUUGCACUAUUUGAGUUCAGAGGUCAGAACGAGGGAGUGAAAAAAAAGCCUCGCUAAUCUUUACAUUCUGGACACAAACUCUGUUUAUUACAAGUUGGCUCUGCAGGGGUUCCGUUGUCGAUGGGUGCAUUUAUACUGAACUCUGUGUCCAGCCUGGCCCUCAAGUUAAUCAUUCUCCAGAAAGCAGCCAUGAGCACAGUUGAGAACAAGCCAGAACUUCGACAAAGCCUCUGCCCGGCAGAGACGCAGACAAACAAUCCGGCAGCUGCUGGCUCCCUCUUUUGAACCCUUAGCUGCCACCCUUCCUCUCCCCUUGGUCAGCCACUCUGCUGUGCCUGCAGUUUGGACUCUUAAAAGCGGAACAGCCUACUCCUUCUCUCCACUCUUUUUCUUAACGCUUGGAAGCACAAACCCACCCAACAAUGGCGGGAAAGAAUUAUGGCUAUCACCGGUUUGUCAUAUUCACUGCUAUGUAUCUUGGGUACACCUUGUACUAUUUCAACCGAAAAACUUUCUCCUUCGUGAUGCCUUCAAUCAUGGAAGAGGUACGGUUGGACAAAGAUGAUUUGGGUCUCAUCGCCAGCAGCCAAUCUGCCGCUUACGCCAUUAGCAAGUUUGUUAGUGGGGUCCUCUCAGACCAACUGAGUGCCCGCUGGCUCUUCUCUUCCGGCCUCCUCCUGGUGGGAUUAGUCAACGUGCUGUUUUCUUGGAGUUCUACCGUUGCCCUGUUUGCAGGACUGUGGUUCUUCAACGGGCUGGCCCAAGGCCUGGGCUGGCCCCCCUGUGGCAAAGUGCUGCGCAAGUGGUUUGAACCUUCCCAGUUUGGGACUUGGUGGGCCAUCCUCUCCACCAGCAUGAAUCUGGCCGGAGGAAUUGGGCCCAUUGUGGCAGCGUUGAUGGCCCUGAGUUACGCCUGGCGCACCAUCCUGGCCCUCUCUGGCUCACUGUGUGUGGUUGCGUCCUUGGUGUGCCUGCUCCUGAUUAAGAAUGAGCCUUCAGAUGUGGGACUGCCCAACCUGGACUCUAAGCCCAAGAAAGGGAAACAAGACUCCUCGAAGGAUGAUAGCACUUUGGCUGAACUGCUGUGUUCUCCCUACCUCUGGGUCCUUUCUUCUGGCUACCUGGUGGUGUUUGGUGUGAAGACGUGUUGUACUGACUGGGGACAGCUAUUUCUCAUUCAGGAGAGAGGACAGUCGGCCCUCGUGGGCAGUUCCUAUAUGAGCGCCUUGGAAAUUGGGGGCCUCGUGGGCAGUAUUGCUGCUGGUUACCUUUCGGACCGCGCAGUGGCCAGGGUGGGCCUCUCAAUCUACGGAAACCCUCGGCAUCCCCUGCUCCUCCUGAUGAUGGCCGGCAUGGCUGCCUCGCUGUUCCUUUUUCGAGUCACAGUCACUGAUAGCUCCUCCAAGGGAAAUUAUUCUUGGAAUCAGUUCUUCUAUCCUCUGGCUGAUCUUGUGGGUUUUACAGAACAUGAGCUCUGGAUCCUGCUCUUAGGAGCCGCCUUUGGAUUUUGCUCUUAUGGAUCGAUUGCACUGUUUGGCGUCAUAGCCAAUGAGAGCGCACCAUCCAAUCUGUGUGGCACAUCUCACGCCAUUGUUGCCCUGAUGGCGAACGUGGGAGGCUUCCUGGCCGGGCUGCCUUUCAGCACAGUGGCCAAAUACUACAGCUGGGGAACAGCCUUCUGGGUAGCGGAGCUGAUCUGCAUAGCCAGCACUGCGGCCUUUUUCCUUCUGAGAAAUAUCUGCACCAAGAUGGGCCGCGUGCCAAAGAAAGUGGACUGAAAGGCCUCACGAUUUGGCUGCAAAGGAGCCUCCUUCGUCCACAGCCACGACAUCAGGAAGAAAAAUGGGGGGGGGGGAGCGCUAAGCAGGUUGACUGACUGCCUUUAUCAAGUGGUGGCAAAAAUCCCACCAGGUUGUUACGGCCAGCUCUCAUCCUUCCAAACAUAAUGGAGGCCCUUAGUAGUUGGAACUCGUGAGCAAACAUUGGCCUGUCCCAGCCUCUGCUGGGCUCACUGGCAGCAGUGGGAGCGGAGCAGCUGAAUGGAAGUUUCACUUUGAGGAAUUGCUUCGCUCAGGCACACAUACAACCCCCCUCGGGUACCUGUUCUCAUUUCCUAUGUUAGAUUUUCAAGUGACAUUUCACAAAUCUUCCCACAAAUUACACUCAGGUAUUACCAAACAGGAAAUAAGUUGGAAAAGAAGGGAGCCAUAUUCUUGCUGUUUAGCUUCAGUUGAUAGCAGGUAAGCUUAGAAGUGGACUAAAAACUACUGUUAGAAUUUGAAAAAGAGUAACCCUCAGAGUUGAUCCUCAGUCAACAAAAAUCAAACUUUCACAAGUAUCAGUAUAGACUGAGGGGUUCAAUGCCCCAUGUCUUUAAUAGAAGGAAAGCAGUGUUUAAGUGCUGGGGUUGGAACUGCCUAACAAUUCUGCAGCCAUGAAGAUCUCCAGAUGUAAUCAGAUGCCUUUAGGGAUACAUCUUGCUCCAUUUACUAUAAUAACUUCUAAAUUAUGACUGUUAUAUGUUAUAUACAAAAAUAAAGAAAUGUCCA